AAUGUAUAAGAAUUUAACAUCCUUGAUCCAGAAACCACUGUCAUUUCUUUUUAAUAGAACAAUAAAAUCAUUGGUGCUUCCGGGUAUGUUAUAGGAAUAUUAUUUCAAUUAGACUAAAAAACUAAAAGGAAAAGCAAGAAGUAAUCAGGUCUUUCUGCUCUUGAUGAAUUAUUAUUUAGGUAUACAAAACCUGACUAAUAAUUUCUUGAUGCUAAAUAUGGGUUUAAUGCUUAAUUUAUUGUAUAUGAAACUAAUACUAAAUAUUGUGAUCUAUCCAAAUCAUAUUCAGGUGAGAAUAAUGAAAGAUAGCAAAAUAAUUAUAAGAAUAUAGUUUUACCAUUGAUAAUGAUAUAUGGAUGCCAUCUAUAUAUGAAUGACGAAACUAAAUGCUUUUUUGGAUCCUCAUCUUUAAAAAAAAAUCAAUUAGAUUAAAGAGUUGUAUUACUUUAAUAUGCAGCAAACAAUCCUAUUGAAGAUAGAUACAAAGUAAAUUAGCUAAAGAAUAUUAAUGGCUAUGCAGUAAGUGUUUUUGAUGGACAUGGAGGUUGGUAAUUAGCAGAAUUAGCAAUGAAUAUCUUACAUGAGAAAAUUGAUCAUUAUGUGCUUAAAAAUCAAGAUAAAAUAUAGAAUUAAGAUGAUCUAAUAUAAUAAAGUAUAUCAUAAGCAUAUUCUGAUGUGGAAGAAGAAUUUUAUAAAGUUGCAUUACAAGCUUACAAUAUGGGAUUUCCAUCAGUUGCAAGAGUAGGAAGUUGUGCUCUGACUGCAAUUGUGGUUGGAAAUAAAGUCUAUAGUGCAAAUUUAGGAGAUAGCAAAGGAAUUAUUGUUAAUGUUAAUAAUAAAGGUAAAUUUAUUAUUAAUUUUUAUUAGCGAACGAAAAAGCAUAUAAGAAAAUUAAUCAUACAUUAAAUGCAAACUCAAAGAAAGAAUAAAGAAGAUUAAAAUCUGUAUUCUCAGAUGAUGAUAUUGUUGUAUGCAAAAGUGGAGACAAGAGUUGUUAUGUUAAAGGAAGAUUGUAACCAACUAGAUCAUUAGGGGAUUUCAGAUUGAAAUUCUAAGAGUUCAAUAAUCCUAAAAAUAUAUCUGAAGAUAAAGGAUAUUUGAAAUCUAUCUCGAAUUUUAAAGGACCUUAUAUUAGUGUAUUUAAUUUAAUUAUUUCUAGUCUACACCAGAUUAAUAGGUAUUCGAAAUUCAAAAAGGAGAUAGAUAUCUAGUUAUAGGUUCUGAUGGAUUAUGGGAUGAAUUAACAAAAUAAUAAAUCUCUAAAGUAUAAUUUUUCAAACUAUUGAUAGAUUGUUUAAAAGAAUUAAAAUAAUAAAGAUGAGAUUAUUAAACAUAUUUUUGAAGAAUCCCUUUCUCAUGCAGCCAAAUCCAAUAAAAUGUCUGAUGAAGAAAUUAAAAAGAUACCAUUAGGCAAAAGAAGAAAGUUGCAUGAUGAUAUCACUGUUAUUUUAGUUGAUCUAUAAGGUUAAGUUUGAG